AUGUACACUCAUUUUCAAAUGCCAUCGGCACCACGUGUCCACCAGCUCCAAGAUGCAGAUGCUCACAAAGUCAAACGAUUUGACAAACACGAUGGUCCGGUUUGUGGGAUUGCCUUUCAUCCAAGUAAACCACUCUUUGUGUCAGGUGGAGAUGACUACAAAACCAAGGUCUGGAAUUGCAAACAACAACGGUGUUUGUUUACCUUACAUGGUCAUCUUGAUUCCGUUCAAUCAGGCUCAUUUCAUCGUAAACAUCCAUGGAUCCCUUCUGCCUCUGAUGACCAGACAAUUUGUAUAUGGAAUUGGCAAUCUCAUCAAUGUAGUGCUACCUUGACCGGUCAUUAUCAUUACAUUAUGUGUGCCAAGUGUCAUCCCGAAGACAACUACACCCUAUCUUGUUCAAUGGACCAAACCCUCCGUGUAUGGGACAUCGCCGGUCUUCAAAAGAAAACUACAAUGGUUCAGCCUAUGUCAUUAAAAGACCAGGUCCAACAUGCAAAUUCAGGCCAAGCAGAACUGUUUGGUGAUAAGGGUGUGGUGGUCAAAUACGUCCUCAAGUGUCACGAUUGUGGUGUGAUUUGGGCGACUUUCCGUCCUACUUUACCAGUAAUCAAAGAAGCUCUUAAGAUCAAUGAACAAGUUAAAGAACCAGCCAUAGCAAACGGACAGGAAUCUUCAACAUUGAUUGAACAACAAACAACCGCGGAUGAAAAAGAACGAGCUGUCAAAAAGGAACAGCAAGUUCGGAUAUACAGAACCCACAGUCCAAAAGACAGUCACUGGAGAGGGCUCCUCUUGAAUCGAAUGGAGGCUCAUCACGUGCCUAGGAAGUGA